AUGGUUGAGUUACACACCGCUUUUAAUACAAACCUUUCCGAUGCUGAUGGCUCACUUACAGUUUUAAGGGCUCGUAUAGCUCUUUUAGCUACAGCAAUAGGAGGUCCCGAUUAUACAUCAAAAUUAGAUCCGCCCCCAUACAAGCUUGGCGACGACUGUUUGGCCUGCCUUAAAGAUCUGAAAAGAUGGUUUAAACUGGUUGAUGAUCAACAGAAUAGAUGGGAUGUUGCAAUGGCCGCUGCAGAGUAUCGCAUCCUGAUUGACGAUCUUCUGCCAAUAAUGAUUGACUGGGAGAAUAAAACGGCAUUAGCAAACAAACUAUCUAAACAGGACACCAGUACUGAUGAAUCUAUUAAAACCGUGGGAGGCCGAGAAUAUCAUGAUAAUAUAGCUUUGAAUAGCUUACAACUACUAGUAAUUUUGACUUGGCCAUUGACAUUAAAUGAGCAAUCUACGGCUGAUCAAAUACGAGUAUACUCUGAUUUGAAAAAGCAUCAAGUCGUUUAUAAAAAAAAGGUACUAUCUCUAGACAGGGGAAAAACUCUUAAAGCUGUUACGAGAUUGGCUUCCAAAGUCGUGAGAAUUAAUAAAUCGAAUAGAUCGCCUAAAGAUAAUAUGGUACUGAGAUUAACAUUGAACUUUUUGAGGAAUAUUUUAUCAAUUGGUCCAGCUGAGCUCAACAUAGCGAGGAACAAAAACAUGACGAACCGUGGUAUUAAUAUAACUGACACCUUGCCUCCUGAUGUAACACUGGAUGAUAUAUCACUGAGCUCCGUUAUAUCAGCUUUUCAACGCAAUAAAGUUUUUAAAUUGCUAUUACUUCUCUCGGGAUCAUCAACUGAAUUUGAUAACGAUUUCAUUGAUGUUCCCCUCAUGGAAAUUUUAUUUCAAAUAACCAAGGAAAUAAAUCAAGAAUCUCUAUUUUCGUGUGGGACAGAGCAGAACAACGAAAAUGAAAAGUUGGUGGCAAAGGAUCUUUCACCAACAUGUUCACAGCUGACAGAUUUGUUACAAAAGGAGAAAAUAUUGAGAAAAAACGUUUUACAGAACACCUCCACUAGACAUUCAAGGUUUGGUGCACUUUUAUCUAUAGAGACUGCUAAUAAAAAUAGGCUGACUGUCUCAGGAGGGAGCAAUCUUCGCAAUGAUAGCAUAGCAUUGAAAAAUAUUGAUAGUAGAAAGAAAUGGAACAAAAGAGGAACAAAAAAACGGGAUGACAUGGCUGUUGAAGGUUUGCCAAACACCUUGCUGAAAUCUCGACAUAGAUCAUAUAACUUCAGUUCGUCGACUUCAAAUUUUCUGAAAAAAUUCAUAGAUGACUUCAUAGAUUCAGGUUUCAACUUUUUACUUCAAAGGUUGACAAGCCACUUCACCACAGAACAAGAUCAAAUGAUGACGUCUGAACAAGUUGAAUACUUGAUGUUUUUUGCUUGGUUUACUAAAUUUCAGAGAAUAAGACCCAAAAGUGCUCUAUUAGGCGAUGUUUCUUAUAUUACUGGUGCAAUUGAUGAGACUAGCUUCAUACUACUAUCUUCAAUAUUACGUAAAAGUUAUGAAGAGAAAAACUGGGUUGUGGUGCAUGCAGGCAUGAUCGCAUUUGAUGAAUUGCUUCAAUUAGUCGGCUAUGCAAAAGAGAUCUGCUACGAUGAGAAUAUUGAGUUUAUUUUAAGCCGGCUCUUCAGUGACGAGAGAAUCAAGCUACUUUCGGAUAUACCCAAACAUGCCUACAAACAUACAGUACAGUAUAUGAAAAGUUGUGUUGACCUUACCCACACAGCAAUGAAACUGUUUGAACAAUAUGAUGAAGAAAAAUCUCUCAUUAUAACCAAAAAAACAAAGAAAAAACAACAUAAUAUUUCAGAAGCUGAAAUUGAGAACUUAGUGCAAAGUCAAGGAAUUGAUAGGGAUGAAGCUUUGGAAAUAUUGCAACCGUCGUUCAGAGAACAUGAGGUCAGUUUUGCUAAGAUUCAAAGACAGUAUUUUUGUGAGUCAACGAUUGAGACAUAUAUUAAUUGUUUGCAAAGAUUUCAAGAGCUGGAGGACUCUGAUAUUAAAAAAGGUAUAUCAUUUCUGCAUCGUGUGAUAACUCGAGAAUCUGAAGAAGCUCUAUUGUUUAGAAUUGAUUUUAUUGUUCUGCUUCGGAAUAUGCUAUCAACAGGUGGAAUCUCAAGAAGAAGUAGGGUCAGGAAGCAUGUCGAAUCAUUUUCCAAUUUUUUUUUAUACAGAUUGAAAAAAAAGUUGAAAGAUUCAAGUUCAUGGUUUAUUGCUCUAUUAUUUCCUCUAUUGCACAACAGUGACAUCGGAUAUUUCCAAAAAUAUGGGGAAAGAAAAGAUCAAGAAAAAUAUGGUUUAUAUGCUGUUCCGCCAAGUGAGUUCAGGCACAUCGAGGAUGAGGAGCAAUUGCCAGAUUCUAUUUUAGCAGAUAUCCAGCAUGGCCUUUUAACAUCUGCUCUUAUUGACAGUGGAAAAAUCGACCUUCUCACCACCUUAAUAGAACAUAUGUCAAACUCACUAAAAAACUUCAGAGUGUUUUUGUCUUUAAAUGUGAAGAAGGGAAAUGAGUCACUCAACCCACCUAAUGAACUUUUAACUUGGGUAGAGUCAGACGAACCAAGUCCAUUAUUAGUGGAUGGUGAUUUCAGAGCCCUAUUGCAAUUGGUUGGCUAUCACAUUCCAGAAUCUGCUAACGAUAGUUGUUACCUUGUAGGCUCCGUAGAUGUUCCAGUCCUUGAACAGUCCCUGCAAACUAUCCAGAAAUACUUAUCAACCCCAUUUGAGACCAGAAAUGGAUUUCCGUCUUCGUCUUAUCUAAUUAGGCCCCGAGUCCAAAAUAUCGAUAGUUUCAAAGAGGAUGGAACUUAUGAAGAGGAUAAUAGUCAAUCCUAUGAGGGUCCGGGUAUUGUUUCUGACAAUGACGUAAAUGAAUGGGGUGAGGACAGUUAUUUCAACGAUUUGGGUAAUGAGAUGAUAGAAAAGAUAGAAGGAAGAACGCUCGAAAAAGGUUUGGCUAAAGCAAAAAAGUCCAGAAAGUCCCGGAAGAUUGAGAGAAAGACUACAUCCAAGAGACGAAAAAUCAGAUCAAAUAUUCCCCUGUUUGAUACGAAUGAGCCAGAAAAAGUUCAUUCCGGGAAAGCGAGACAAUUUGUCCCAAGCAAAGAAUAUAUAAGUGAUUCGGAUGACGGCGAGGAUUACGUGAAUCCUAUUUUUUUCGAAAAUGAAAUGUACAUGCGAUUCUUAUUGGACAGAUACUCUGGUCAGCUCACGGAAGACAAAUAUUCUCUAUUUGGGAAGUUUGCUGCUGAAAGAAUGAACAACGGGGGUCAAAUCAUAUCUGAUUUCACUAAUCUGUUUAAUGGUGAAGUGCCCACUGUUGACUUCUUGGCACAACGCACUCAAUCGAGCAGCGGCCCCGAUAGAUCGCUUAUUUCACUCUCGAGUCUUAUUUCUAAAGAAAUUGGCAACUCAAGAGGCAACAACACUUCGGUGGAAAUCCAAGGAGCUUCUGUGGGGUAUGAUUUCCAAGAAGACCAAGAAGAGUAUUCUUCGCCCACCAGUUCCUCAAAAAAUAUCGAGAAAAACCCUACGGAGAAUUUCAAUAUGGAAGAGUCUAUGAGGGAAGAGGAAGAAUUCAACGAACCGUUAAUAUCCAGAAAGAGGCAGAAGAUUAUUAUACAAGAUGACGAUGAUUGA